AUGGCAGACCAACCAAUCAGCCUCCAGUGGUCAGCAUCCUACAAUGUUGCCUCUCCAUCCGAGCGCACGUCAAGAGGCCUUGAGGGCGACAAGAUCCGCCUCCCCCAGUCCGCCCUCGAAAACCUCCUUUCCGAGUCAACCAAACAGGCCAGCAACCUUGGCUCGGCAUACGAUCCUUCGAAUCCCUACGCACGCGCCGCAAGACCAGAGUACUCGGACUCUUUGGCAGGUUUCACUGGGCAGUUACCGAAUCCUCUCAUGUUCCGCCUCGUCAAUCCGGCCAACGGGAACACGGUCUACGCCGGAAUACGCGAAUUCUCAGCUGAGGAAGGCCAAGUCGCCCUGAGUCCAUACUUGCUGGAAGCAUUGGACAUCAAUGCGGCAGACGUGAAGGAUGGAAACGAGGUGGAAAAUGGAAUAGACUUGACGGGCACGAAUGGUAAUUCUGGAGGGCCGCAGAUCAGGGCCGAGGCCAAAGUGCUCCCAAAAGGCACUUACGUCCGGCUGCGGCCAUUGGAAGCCGGCUACAACCCAGAUGACUGGAAAGCAUUGUUGGAACGUCACAUGCGAGGAGCGUUCACGACCUUGACCAAGGAUGCCAUAUUAUCAGUCCGCGGCGUAAAAGGCGAGACAUUCCAAUUUCUGGUGGAUAAGUUUGAGCCCGAAGGAAACGGCAUAUGCGUCGUCGAUACCGACCUGCAAGUCGAUAUCGAGGCUCUGAAUGAGGAGCAAGCUCGCGAGACGGUGCGUCAGAUCAUGGCAAAGGCACAAAGAGCUCCUGGGACUGCCGAUGGCAGCUCGAUCGGUGGAACGAUCGAUAUUUGGAAACCGGUUCAAGGCCAUGUUGUUGAGGGAGACUACGUUGAUUACGAGUUGGAUUCCUGGGAUAAGAGCCGUGAUUUGGAGAUAGGAUUGAGUGGGAUACAGGACGGACAUGAGAUUGAUCUGUUUGUCAGUCCUCGGUCCGCUCGCUCCCGUGUUCCACCUCGCGACUCCGAGCACAUUUUCGGGGAAUUUUCAACGCCGGAACAAGGAUCUAAGAAGAUUGUAUUGUCUUCAAGAAACGCAGAGCUGGACGGCGCAGAUGGGUUGCGAAUAUCAGUCCAUGGGUAUACGCCUAAUGACCAAGCAACUCCAAACACGAGCCCAAGGCCUUUCACCUUGAGAGUUCGGGCUGCCCCGGAAGAGCCACCUUCAAAAUCGACCGAAACUUCGCAAGAGCACUCAGCAGAAGACGAGCAGUGCAAGAACUGUCUCCAGUGGGUACCGAAACGAACCAUGUUCAUGCAUGAGAACUUCUGCCUGCGGAACAACGUGGCCUGCCCACACUGCAAGAACGUUUUCCAGAAGCGAUCGUUAGAAUGGCAGAGUCAUUGGCACUGCGAUCGCGACGAUAGCUACGGCAGCUCCGUGGAAAGCAAAUCCAAGCACGACUCCAUCUUCCACACACCGCAUUCUUGCUCAAGCUGUGGGCCCGACCAGACUUUCCCGUCCCUCCCACUCCUCGCUCGCCACCACACCACGGUCUGCCCAUCCAAGCUCAUCCUCUGCCAAUUCUGCCACCUCGAAGUCCCACAGGAAGGCGACCCGACAGACCCCGCCUCCGAGGCCGAAACAGCCAUCUCGGGGCUUACGCCGCACGAGCGGGCUGACGGCGCCCGUACGACGGACUGCCACCUCUGCGGCAAGAUAAUACGGCUCAGGGACAUGGCGGCGCACACGGCGAACCACGAACUCGACAAGAAGUACCGCGAGGCCCCGCAGACGUGCCGCGACAAGCUCUGCGGGCGCACGCUGCAUGGCGUGGGCCCCAGGGGCCAGAUCGGCGCGGGCACGCGGAUGGGCCAGGGCCCCGGUAACGACCUGGGCUUGUGCUCGAUCUGCUUUAGCCCGCUGUACGCGUCCAUGCACGACCCGGACGGUAAGGCGCUCCGCCGCCGCAUCGAGCGGCGCUACCUGACCCAGCUCAUGGCCGGGUGCAACAAGCCCUGGUGUGCCAACGAGUGGUGCAAGACGGGGAGGAAGAACCUCGGCGCGCAGCCAAAGGCCCCGGCCGGCGGCGCGGCUGGGCUGAUACAGGAGGUCAAGCCGCUGGUUGCCGAGGUGGACGAUCGGAGCAAGCCGAUGUACUUCUGUGUGGAUGAGGGUGGUCAGAAGCGCCGCAUGGUUGCUGAGGUGCUGGCCUCGGAGGGUAUCUGGGAUCUGGAGUGGUGUAUUGCUGCUGCUGAGGCGAGGGCCCGAAUAUGGACAAGGGGAGAGAGUGGCUGA